AUGAGGGUGGAGCACUGCUUCUUCUGCUCGGCGCCGUCGUACCCCGGCCGGGGCAUUACGUUCGUGCGCAACGAUGCCAAGGUGUUCCGCUUUUGCAAGAGCAAGUGCCAUAAGAACUUCAAGAUGAAGCGCAACCCGCGCAAGGUGCGCUGGACCAAGGCCUUCCGCAAGGCACACGGCAAGGAGAUGACCGUCGACACGACGCUCGAGUUCGAGAAGCGCCGCAACAUCCCUGUGCGCUACGACCGCGAGCUCGUGGCCACCACGCUCAAUGCGAUGCAGCGCAUCCAGGAGAUCAAGGCCCGCCGCGAGCGUGCCUUCUACCGCGCCCGCCUGGCGAACGCCGCGGGCGGCAGCGUCAAGGCCAAGGCCAAGCAGGUCGACCGCCUGGCGGUGCACCGCAACCAGCACCUGCGCCGCGCCGUCCAGGCCACGCGCGAUGCGGAGAGCGCAAAGCGCGCCAAGGUCAAGGUGCCGGCGCGCAAGAGCGCGCUGGUGCGCAACGACGACGGCAUGUCCAUGGGCAUGGACGAGUAG